UUACCCCCCCCACCUCCUCCGGGUGGGGUGACGUCACGCUAUAUAAGCGGCUGCAGUCACACGGCGGCUGCCACACGCUGCUCGGCGUCUCGAGGAGCAGAGCUCCUCACCAACACCAGCACCACCACCAGCACCAUGGGACGCGGUGAGGAGGGAGCGUCGGGGGCCACCCCCUGCACCGCAUCGGUGAUGGCGCCUUCUCGAUCUCCGCCUCCACCACCACCAUCGUCACCACCACCGUCGUCAGCAUCGUCACCGUCAUCAUCGUCGUCGUCGGCGUCUCCCCGGCUGUGGACCUGGGACGAGGUGGCGCAGAGGAGCGGAGGUCGCCACGGCGAGCCUCGCUGGCUCGUGGUGGAGAGGCGCGUCUAUGACGUCACCGCGUGGGGGGCCCGGCACCCGGGGGGGCCGCGAGUCCUGGCGCACUACGCCGGGGAGGACGCCACGGACGCGUUCCGUGCGUUCCACAUCAACCAGGGCCUGGUGCAGCGCUACCUCAAGACUCUACUCGUGGGAGAACUCGCACCAGACCAGCCCAGCUGUGAGCCUCACAAGAACGCGUCGUUAACGGAGGACUUCCGCUCUCUGCGCUCCCACGUGGAGCGCUCGGGGCUCCUGCGCCCCAGCCGGAUCUUCUUCUCCAUCGCUCUGCUCCACAUCCUCCUGCUCGACCUCCUGGCCUGGCUCAGCCUGCGGGCGCUCGGCGCCAGCCUACACGGCUGGCUCCUCACCGCCGUGCUCCUCGGCACCGUGCAGGCCCAGGCUGGGUGGCUCCAGCACGACUUUGGCCAUCUCUCCGUGUUCCCCACCUCGCGCUGGAACCACUGGGUUCACAAGUUCGUCAUCGGUCACCUCAAGGGCGCUCCGGCCAGCUGGUGGAACCACCUCCACUUCCAGCACCACGCCAAGCCCAACGUCUUCCGCAAGGACCCCGACAUCAACAUGCACCCGCUGCUCUUCGCGCUGGGAAAGACGCUCGCCACGGAGCUGGGUGAACAGAAGAAAAAGUACAUGCCCUACAAUCACCAGCACAAGUACUUCUUCCUGUUGGGACCUCCGGCACUCAUCCCUCUCUACUUCCAGUGGUACAUCUUUGUGUUCGCCAUCAAGAGGAAGCAGUGGGCGGACUUUGCGUGGAUGCUGACUUUCUAUUUGCGGUUCCUCAUCUGCUACGUCCCCUUGCUGGGCUUGGGCGGCUCUCUGCUGAUGCUCGCCUUCGUCCGGUUCUUGGAGAGUAACUGGUUCGUCUGGGUCACUCAGAUGAACCACAUCCCCAUGAACAUCGACCGAGACCACCAGCGAGACUGGACCACCACGCAGUUGCAAGCAACGUGCAACGUUGACCAGUCGCUCUUCAACGACUGGUUCACGGGACACCUCAACUUCCAGAUCGAGCACCACCUCUUCCCCACGAUGCCACGUCACAACUACCACAAGGUGUCUCCGCUCGUCAAGUCGCUCUGCAGCAAGCACGGCCUGGACUACCAGAGCAAGACGCUCAUCACCGCGUUCGGUGAUAUUGUGCGCUCCCUCAAGGUGUCCGGUGACCUCUGGCAGGACGCCUACCUCCAGCGGUGACGUCAUGGCGCCCACCUCCUCACUCCCCCUCCUCGUUAACUCAUCAACCUCCACCUCCUCACCACCUCCA